CGGGGGCCCUGCCGCAGCAGCCGGCCGAAGUGCUAGCGCGGGCGCGAAUCGCUCGCGGCGCUAGCGGGGGCAGAAGGGCGGGGCGCGCUGCACUGCGCGCGCUUUGCCGCCCCCGCGGAUUCCACCUGGCCAAGCAGGAGCAAGGACGGCCGGGAACAGCAGCAGGGGGCGCGCCCAAGGCAAAGCAGCGACGGGCAGCGAACAGCUCCCGCACAGAUUACAGCGCGUUCAACGCGGUUUCUCAGCUUCUGCGAAAGACGCCCGCAGCCUCCUCGCAGCCGCCUGCAAGAAGCGCGCGGCGCUUCGCGCCCUGCUUACCAGCGGCGGGCGCGUUUGG